ACCCCCCGGAGCAACUGGCAUUAGUACAGAAAGGCGUUUUUUCGGUCGUGGAGUGAACGCUGUCGAGCAGAUUCUCGCGAACGAGGACAUCUCGCUCCGGAAAAGAAGGGCCUUUUUUUUUAAUUUCUUUUCGCACAGAAGGGGGGGAAGGUGUUCGGCGUCUCGGCACCACGACGUGCCGUUCAAGUAGUUCACCCCUAAACCAAGAGAGCGAUUAGGCUUGUGUUUAUGUCUUUAUUUCGUGAAAACGAGCUGUUGCGCAGCCGUUGGUACCUGUGUCGAGGAAACCUAACCAACAAGCGGGGAACUCGCAGCCUCAGUGGCGCAAACUUUUUCAUGUCAGAGACCGAGUACACUUGCAAUUGUUUAUGUCAUCCAUUCUUCUCCAGACAGAAGAUACCAAAAAAUUCAAUUCAAAGAUCUUUUCACUUUACUCAUAAAUCUAAUAGUAAACCAGAAUGGCUGUCAAUGUCAACCGCAGUGUUUCUGACCAGUUCUAUCGGUACAAAAUGCCCCGUCUGAUUGCUAAGGUCGAGGGCAAAGGGAAUGGAAUAAAGACCGUAAUAGUCAACAUGGUUGACGUUGCCAAGGCGCUUAAUCGGCCUCCAACGUAUCCCACCAAGUUUUUUGGUUGUGAGCUGGGAGCUCAGACCCAGUUUGAUUUAAAGAAUGACCGUUAUAUUGUGAAUGGAUCUCAUGAGGCGAAUAAACUGCAAGACAUGCUGGAUGGAUUCAUUAGAAAAUUUGUUCUUUGUAAUGAGUGUGAGAAUCCUGAAACUGACCUGCAUGUCAAUCCAAAGAAACAAACCAUUGGCAUCGCUUGUAAAGCCUGUGGAUACAGAGGCAUGCUUGACACACGUCACAAGCUCUGCACAUUCAUUCUAAAAAAUCCUCCUGAAAAUGGGGAUGGUGGCUCAGCUAAGAAAGAAAAAGAAAAGAGAAACAAGAAGGGGAAAGAUAAAGAAAACGGAUCUGUUUCUGAAACAUCCACACGUAAUGAAUUUGAUGCUCCAGAUGUAGUGGAUCGAGAGGAUGAUGAUGAUGACUGGUGUGAAGAAACAACAGAAGAGGCCCAGCGCCGUAGAAUGGGUGAGAUCAGUGAACAUGCCAAAAACUUAACUCUCAGUGAGGACCUGGAGAGACCAUUGGAGGAGAGAGUGAACCUGUUCUAUGCCUUUGUCAAGCAAAAGAAAGAAGAGGGAAUCAUUGACUCUGCUGAUAAGGACCUUCUGUCAGAAGCUGAAAGGCUGGAUGUAAAAGCCAUGGGCCCCCUCAUAUUGAGCGAGCUGCUUUUUGAUGAGAACAUAAGAGAGCAAAUCAAGAAAUACAAACGUCACUUUCUGCGUUUCUGCCAUGGCAACAAAAAAGCUCAGAAGUAUCUCCUUGGUGGCUUUGAGUGUUUGGUGAAAAUGCAUAGGGAUCAACUACUUCCCAGAGUUCCUCACAUCCUGAAGCAGCUGUAUGAUGCUGAUCUCCUGGAAGAAGAGGUCAUCCUUGCCUGGGCUGAAAAGGUUUCGAAAAAGUAUAUCCCAAAGGAGCUCGCCAAAGAGAUACAUGCAAAAGCUGACCCAUUUGUUAAGUGGUUGAAAGAAGCUGAAGAAGAGUCUGAAGAGGAAGUGGAGGAAGAUGAUGAAGAGAAAGAUGUGGAGGUUGUUUACGACAGUUCUGCAAGGGAACUGAAAGUGGAAACAGUGAAAACCGUAAAGCCAGGAAAGGAGGAAGAUGAUAUAGACAUUGAUGCUAUUUGAUGUGUUGCUUUGUUGUGCAAAAGUUUUCUUCUGUUGAGGAUUUCUUGCAGUGGAAAGUCACUUGUAAUGAAGAAAUAAGCCCAUAAAUCGGUCUCUGCUGUAACAAAUUCUUCAAUGGAAAUAGUGAUGCUUCUUCUGCCACUUUAGAAUUCUUAAAAUGGCAUGUCCUGGGUCUAAACUGUCUGACCAAUUACCUAACAUUAGCAGCUUAUUUGUGACACUUUUGUCUUGAUAUUGGGCACUAAAUUCUGGAUUUGCUGCACGUUUAUACAGGGAUGUGAAAUGCAAAUAAAGGGGAUUGCGUUCUGUA